CAGAAAUAAAACAUCUAUUGCUUGCGAGUUGCAGAAUAAAUUGUUUGACAGUAGAUGAGUAGGUCUACAUUAAUUCUAUAAAUUGCAUUAAAUUAUUUUGUUUAUGUUUCAUUUAUACACAAUUUCUUUAAAUUUAUUUUUACACUUUGGAUCGCCCACAAUUCUAAAAUAGACUACAUUACAACACGGUAAGUAUUUUGUACUCUGCAUGUACCAGAAAUAGAAGAAGGAAAAUGAUAUGUCAGAGUUUACUUAUUCAUGUGUGUGUUGAAAGUAUCUAGGAUGUGACUGCAUAUUCAUUUACGUAUUAUAAUAAUUGCCGUAUAUUUUGCUUAAAUUAUAUUUUAGGAGAUGUUGCAUUUUUAAGGGGUGUUCGCACGUUACAAUUGCAAGUAGCUAAUUUGCAUAUUUUUAUUUGGAAUUUUCUGUUGUUAAAUAUUUUCCACUAAAUCUCUCUAUAACACUACCAAUGACAAAAAGGAAAACUUAAAAAGUUAUAAAUUAGAUUUCCAAGAUUUUUUAAUCUUCAAGAGAAUAGACAAUCGUCUGACUUACGCUGGAAUAUAUUCACUUGGGAAUUGUAAAGAAAGAGCGUUAAAGAAAAAUGUCAACCAUUCCGUCAUUUUUUUUCAGAGUGCCUGUUUUGUCCUAGAACUUACAAAGACUUUGAAAAGCCCUGUGUGUCUGUUUUCAUUGAAAGAUAGCCUUUUGACAUUGUUCAGGUCUAACUUUACUUUAAUUUAUAAGAGACGUUAUAUUCCUCAGCUUCUAUUUGGAAAUGAACAUAAAAAGAACUGUUUUCCUGAUAGGAUUUAGAAUACACAAAAUAGAGCAGAAGUAACUGUUUUUUAAGAGUACUGUGUUUUAAGAGUACUUCUCUUUAUUAAACCUACUAAUUGAUCAAGGCGAACACAGAUUGACGACAUAAGUUGAAUAAUGCAAGGACUGUUAAUAAUGCAAUAUUUUCUAAAUUAUUUGAUCAUAUGUCAACUCCUGUAAAAUUGUGAAGAUCACUAAAAUACAGUAUCUCUGUAAUUUAAAUUGUACUUUUCAUGUAUAUAUUUAGAUAAAUUUAAAUUAUUUGUAAUUGAAUUACAUUUUUAUUUUCAGUUGGCAUUUAAAAAAAAAAAAUUAAAUAGGGGAGAGACAUUUUAUCUGUAGUUAUAAAUAUUAGCUAACUGCUUCAAUUUAUUCAAGCUAAACAGCACAACAAUAAUGAAUAGGUUGGAAAAUGCAUUGUCCAACGGUAUUAAAUCCCUGAAAUAUUCAAUUUCUGUAAAUAUUGUCACAUUUUGAGAUUCACUGGGGGAUUGGGUUCACAUAGAAAACUGAUAUAUUUCUGCAUCCAUAUGUUUCACACCAGUUACAUAACUACAUGCUAGCACAGCAGCACAUAUCGUGCAAGCACCAAAUUAGGGUCUGUGAUCUAUAUAUAAAAAAUAUAUUGAUUGUGUGCUGCCUAGUCUUUGCAGAGUAUUUUCCCUCCUCCAAAAAAGAAAACAGUAUAUGCAUUACAUACGUUGAUUUAUCCACAGCCCAUAGAGAUAUGUAGGUAAUGUAUGUGAUUUGCGUGUGUAUGUUAUAUGUAAAAUUGAUGUGUGGUAUUUGUAAUUCACAUGUAUAUAGAUAUGUGUGAGAUCUGUGUAUUUGACUGGAAUUAUGCAUGUUUAGAGUGGGUGAUGAUUAUGCAACAUCAUUGUUAAUUUGUGUUAUGUGUGCUGUGCAUAUGUGAUAAAUGGUGUCUGUAGUUCGGUAUGCAUGUAUAACUUUUUCUUUGUCUAUGAUGGGUGUGUAAUGCAUGUGUGGAAUGCUGUGCUAUGCACAUGAUAUAAUGAGUGUGAUGUGUGUUAUGUGUGUGUGCAUUCAGUGACGUGCAUAGGAACUGAUUUUGUUGUGCAUGUGAAUUGUGUGAUGUACGUAAUACCUGUGUAGAGUGUGAUAUGUGCUUUGUAUGUGAUGUGUGUUGGCCUCUCUCUGUAAUGUAUGUUAUGUAUAAGCAGUGUGCAAGGUUUCUCCAUGAAGUAAAUAAUGCAUGUAUUAAAGUUCAUUGUGUGCUUUGCACGUUUUAUGCAUGCGUAGAUUGUAACGAGUUUGUGUGUGGUGUUUGAUAUUCUUUGCUCCAAAACGAAAGCAUAAGCUCUCACCCUCGUCGCCAAAUUCAUUUUCCCAUAAUCCGUCACUCUACGCACAUUGAUUAACAGGUUAUUUUCUUUUUCGUCACGCCCUCUUCUCUCAUUUUUUUUGGUCCUAUGUCACGGUAUUUAAUGCAUUAAAUAGUUUACAUGCCCUUUGAUUGCAGUACCUCGCUGACGGAUCGCACCUCGAAGACAUUCCAUUUCGGUGGGUCAUCUUGGGUGCUAAACGGCAACUGGGAAUUUUUGAGUUUGACAAACAUGGCGCUGAGCUUAUGGGAACACCAUAUCCCCCCUCGCACAAGCCAUCAGACAUAUGUACUCUUACAGGGUCCAGAUGAUUGUCCUUCUCAUGUUUACAGAAUACAAUUCUGUAGCGUCUAAUGAAACAAAAUUAAAGUUCAUGGUGAAAGAGAUAAGUGGCAGACUGGGGAGUUUUAGAUGAAACAAUAUGAGGAUAAUAAGAAAAUAAAUUGACAAUGUCAAUUUAAAAGAGAACACGGACAUUAAAAAUACAUAUAUUUGCGGGCAGAGCCUGACUGCCAAGCAGACCAGACGUUCUCAGCAGGAGCUCCUGUGUCUGGCACUGAAACCAGGGAUUAUACCCGGGCCACUCAAAUCUUUUGGACCGCAGUACUUUAUCCUCUUGCCCUGGAGGCACCAGUGUAUCUGGGGAUACCUCUUGUGAGUUUCCCCUUCACUGGCCUGCCCGAAUCAAAGCUUUGCGGCCUACUCAAGUGUGGGCUGAGGAGAGGUGGCCGCCCUACCGGCUCUCUGGCUGGAAGUGUGAUCCCCAAAACUAGCUGCCUCAUCCCUUGGACCGGUGGGGGUUAUCCCAGAACCUGCUGACUUGCACAACUUACCACAGCUGCCUUCUAGCAACCGACUCUGCACAAGUGCACUGCGACAGCAACAUACUGCACAAAGAUGGCAGAUGUGCCAUCACUUCGUGUAUGUGAGCGGUCAAAACCCAUGAAGGCCCAACAUGAUACAGUUGAGCACACGAUAUCACACUUAGAUGAGAUUUUUGACCGUUUCUGGGCAUGACUAGCAGCACGUUCUGAGAUGGCACAGACUUCUAACCGGGAGGAAAAGGGGUGAGGUGACUGGGCCCCCUACGGGCAAAACCUUCUCACAAGCUUUUAUGUCACCCAAAUAUGGCCUGCCUGGGCUGAGGGCCAGAGGGGAGCUACUCCCAUUGCAUCGGCCAUGGAGGAGGAGGAUCCACCUCCGCUUGAGGCGACGUACCACCGGGAACUUCUGCCAUUUCCCGAUAGGGGUGAACUUGGACUCUAGGAUGAGUACCCGAGUACAUGGCUACAGGAUGCGGGCCUUCAUCACGGCCUGGGGCUGGAGGAAUGCCCCACUUCACUCCCGUCUUGCCCCACUUCCCGUUCUUCUCAGUGACUUUCCGAAUCUGGGCAUUGGCUGACAUUUUGCAUUGGUUUACUUUUAUGGCUUACCUUAGUAUAUAAUAUAUGCAGUACGGCAAUAUGCUUGUGUGUCAAAUUCAGUGGUUAUUUCCUUGUAAAUUUCUAGCCUGUUUGGCAGUAUCAUUAAUGACAUGUUAUUAUCAGGUCUAGCACACCUAUCAGGACACAAGUGUAUGAUAACUGUUUCUGCUUAGAUUAGCUGGUCUGGCUUGUGUGUGCUUGUACCACUUGGGCAGAUAGUGGCCCAAUACUUACCUUGUCUAGGCUAUAUUAAGAUGCUAAGAUGCACGAAUAAAAUAAGGAAUUUAAAAAAUAUAUUAAAAAAAAUACAUAUUAUUAUUAUUAUUAUUAUGUUAUUUAUAUAGCGCCAUCAAAUUCCACAGUGCUUUACAGUGGGUGGACGAACAAACAUGUAGUUGUAACCAGACAAGUUGGAUACACAGGAAUAGAGGGGUUGAGGGCCCUGCUCAAUGAGCUUACAUGCUAGAGGGAGUGGGGUAAAGUGACAUAAAAGGUAAGUAUAGUAUUAGACUAAUGACAGUUGCAGAAGAGGAAUCAGUCAGGAGCUAUUAACAGUUUAAUUGAUACGCUUUUAUGAAGAAGUGGGUUUUUAAUGAUUUUUUGAAGGAGUGGAGACUGGGUGAGCAUCUAACGGAGGAGGGAAGCGAGUUCCACAGGAACAGUGCAGCCCUCGAGAAAUAUUAAAGGCGAGCAUCAGAGGUGGGAGUACGGACAGAAGAUAGACGUAAGUCUUCAGCAGAUUGUAAGGGCCUAGACGGGACAUACUUGUCAUAUAUAUAUUUAUUUUUAACAUUAACAUUAGCAUGUUCCUUAGUAGAUUUAGUUUACUAAGUUAAAAAAAGCUAUUAAACUUACCUAUAAUCCAGUGUCAGGGCAGGCCCUUCUCUGUCUUCCAAUACAAAAUCUUUUUUUGCCUCCGAAAUUUUGUUUUUUUCCCCUCAUGAUGGGAAGUGAGAAGGCAGAGAAGAAUUUUCAUUAAAAAAAACCAAAACAAAAAAUUGUCUAUUUAUUUAGAAAGGGAGGCAGAGGGAGUGAGAGAAGAAUAAGCUUUCCUUUACAGACGACAUGAUUGUCAUGUCUGCUGCCAACACGCAGUGCGCGCUGACAACAGACGUAUAAAAUAAUAUGCACGGAAUUGACAUUCCACAGCCUGGACACAACAGGAAUAUAUCUCUAGGUGUGCAGCAUUUCAAGUAGAAAGGCUGAACAUCCAGACUCCUGCCAUUAAAAAGUUGACUUUGAAUUCUAAAAUUUGAAAUUGACUUUGAAUUCUCCCUUUAGUAAAUAACCCUGUAAGUGUUCACUAAAUGAAACUUCAAGGUAAAUCCAAAGUGAAUUGUGCAUUUAAGGUCAAAGUAGUCUCUAAGUCAGCUAUGAACUAUUAAAAUUAACUUUGAAUUCACUCUUAAUUCUCACUUAAAUAAAUAACCCUGACUGUGAUAUUGAGAAUUGCUGGAAAAUUCAAGCUGAAUUUAAAGUGAAUUUCAAAUUUAACGCCAAAGUAGCCAAAUUGGAAGCAUAGAGGACUUUUUUUUUUUCAAGUCGGCUACUUUGGCCUUCAAUUUUAAAUUCACUUUGAAUUCACUUUGCUAGUUCUCAUUUAGUAAAUAUUCCUGUACGUGUUUCAUUAUUUUAUAGGGCCGAUGCUCCAGCCUGUGUUUGUGGAUGAGACGCGGUCCUCCCAUGAAAUAAAUUGGAGAGAGCAUUCAUAUAUUUUUUAUUCCAAGCAUUUCCAUUAUUGUUGUCUGCUAAUAUUUUAGGAAUAAUAUUAGUUUUCCAGAUUUAUUACUUAAUAAAUUCACUCAAGGAUGUGACUUAAAUAUUGACUGUGAGGCGGCUUCCCGAAGAUAAAAUCAAUAAUCUACAAUGAAUUUAUGCAGUUUGCUUUAAAGAGUUUGAAAACAUUUUCUUUUAAAUCUUGCCUGUCUGCUAAAUCAUAAUAAAGUUGAUGUAAAUCUGCAGAAAAAAGUUGAUCUUCGUUAUAUCGUGCACCAAGAUUUACAAUAGAAAUUAAUUAUCAUACUAAAUCUCCCCAGGUUCAGACAAUAGUAAAACUAAACAUUAAUAUAAAAUAAAAAUAAAACAGAAAUGUCCCACCAGAUCCAACAGGAAACAUUUCCACUAGAGACUGGAAUGUUUAAAACUUAUAUCUAUUGUAGCAUUUUUAUUUAUAUAGUUUCUUAUUAUUCCUGUCUACCCUACUGAAGGAAGCAAAUAUUCUAACUGUAACAAGCCCGUUAAAGCAGUGUUUCCCAACCCAGUCCUCAAGGCACACCUACCAGUCCAGGAUUUAGGGAUUACCCAGUUGUGUCUAAGGUGUUUUUUUUCUUCUUUGUAAAAAAACCUUAGACACAACUGGGUAAUCCCUAAAUCCUGGACUGGUAGGUGUGCCUUGAGGACUGGGUUGGGAAACACUGCGUUAAAGGACCACUAUAAACACCCAGACCACUUCAGCUCAAUGAAGUGGUCUGGGUGCCGGUCCCUUUAGUGUUAACCCUGCAGCUGAAAACAUAGAAGUUUUAGAGAAACGCGCGCGUGCGCAUUCGAAGCUGACGUCAGAGGGGGAGGAGAGGUUACCAACCUCUUAUUUCUAUGAGGGAGCCCGGCGCUGGAGAAAGGUAAGUGGUAAGUGGAGGGUGGGACCUAAUGACCCUAUAGUGUCAGGAAAACGAGUUUGUUUUCCUGGCACUAUAGUGCUCCUUUAAGUAGUCACUGGAAAACAAAAAGUUACGUUUCGGUGCCCUAAUUUGUUCCAGAUUUUGUAAUUUUUUUAUUUUAGCAACCAGAGGCAUUAUUUAAUGUUUCAAUUUUUCUUAAUGAAUGUAUUUUUGUUAUUGCUAUUAUUUGAUACCCCUUCCCCAGGCCCGUGCUUCUAUUUUAAAUGAUCUUGGGUCGGAAUUAGAAAUUAUAAGACCCAAAAUCAGGAGUGCAUGGCUGGGCAGCUUUCAGCAGUGUUCCCGUCUCCUUAAUUAACCUGAGCAGAUCUUUGGUAGGAUAACGAGUGAUCACUCAAAAAGGCAGCAAAGGCAGGAGAAAAGGGGACGGUAAAGGAGGUAAAUAAUUUUUUACAAAUAUCAGUAUGGAGUAUUAUAAAAAGGGUGUAGAAGAUGCUCAUCCUCUAGGGCCACCUUAUUACACUGACUGGUUCAAUUAAAGGAUCUGACAGAUACUUAGUCAUGGAAACCUAAUUAUAAUGUUGACUUGUUAAAAGCCCCAGGAGAUGCCCAGACCCUGUGCCUUAUUAUGGCUCAAAAUAAAAUGAAUCCAUAAGAAUAACCAUUAUAAUGACCAGAACCCAGUCUGCUCCGCCCAUGCGGUGAAACCCCUGCCUUUGUUUGAGAGGACCUCAAGCCACACCUAAAUAUUGCUACUUAUCCCUCAGACACUAAUAAAAUUCAAUAGAGGCAAGGAAAUGCAUUUUGUAAAAAUACAUUUUUCUACUUGUCAUUAGAGAUGUCGCGAACUGCUCGCCAAACUGUUCGCGAACUGUCCACCGGCGAACAAUAGCGUGUUCGCGUUGGGCGAACAUAUGUGAUUUCCGGUCCGCCCCCUAUUUGUCAUCAUUGAGUACAUUUUGACCCGGAACCUCACAGUCAGCAGACACAUUCCAGCCAAUCAGCAGCAGAUCCUCCCUCCCAGGAAGUGUCUGCUGACUGUGAGGUUCCGGGUCAAAGUGUACUCAAUGAUGACGAAUAGGGGGCGGACCGGAAAUCGCAUAUGUUUGCCCAACGUGAACACGCUAUUGUUCGCCGGCGGACAGUUCGCGAACAGUUCGGCGAUCAGUUCGCGACAUCUCUACUUGUCAUAUGAAGUCUUGAUUGAAGAUCUUCUUUAUGUGGUUUUCUUUCUUUAACCAAAAGAGGACAAAUAAUAACAAAACUAUUAUAACUCAUCAAAACAUCAAGAAAAUAAAUAGACUCAAUUUGCAAAAAAAACAAAACAAAACAAAACAGGGAAGAAAACACAUUAAAAAAAAAUCCAUCUUCACCCAUAUAGAGCUCCGCACAGACUGAGCAUUUAAGGUGGGAAUAUACUAUAUAUAGCUGUAAGCAUAGAUACAUAUAUUAAAUCAACAGGAACAUCUUGAAUAAUACGGGGAUAAUGACCCAGGAGCCUAGGCAUUUGGGUGUUCAAGGGCAGAUUUAAUAAUAGAUCCUUUAAGGAUUAACCCCCGUAGGCCUCAGGAGAGUGGGCCACAGGGGAAGUUAGCCUAUCACUCUGCUCUACUCUAUGGCACUGAAUAAUUCAUUUUAUAGGCGUUACUUGCCUUGUAAGAGCUUAUGGCUCAUCACACAGGUCUUAUCAUUUACUCCAGUAAACUUUUUUUGGGGCGCCAAUGAAACCACAACAUAUAAAAGAUGCCAAAGGACGUCACAAUUUUCAGUGCUUUCCUAUGGAGUUCUCGUGAGCCAAAAAAUCCCUUUACUAACUGGCAUUGACAGAAACUUAUCCCACAUAGUGAAUAGCAUUUUUGACAUAGCUUUGCUACUGCGCCAGUUUAAACAGCGUCAGGUUCUAGUGCAUCAACGUGUAAAAAUUUAACUGGGUGUUACUUACAGAAUGAUGAAAAACACGGAGGAUAAAUAAAUUCUAACUCGUACAGCACUGCAGAAUAGAACAAUUUGUUCAUAUAUCAUUUCACAUAUUACUUUUUAUUACUGUCACAUUGCUUAGAGUGCAUUUUAGUAAAGCUAUGAACAGAUUAAAGUCUUUCUACUUGAUAUAUAUUGCCAUUUAUCAGAAUAAAUUCCUAAUCACCAUUAUCUCAUACUGUCAUUUUUCUUCCUCUCGUUGGACGACAUCAGUUUGAUCUUGGCAUCAAUCACACGGAUUUUCCCAUAUGUUUUUGAUGUUUACCCAUAGCUCUCACGAAAGCCUAUAGCUUCAUCAGUCAUGGUAGCUUCACUUGACUGCUUUCAAAUAUCCUGAUAUUCCCCAAAGGUUGUGCUAGAUUAACUUGUUUGCCUUGAGAAUUUCUCUCUCUUUGUGUGCAGAACAAAUCAGUCAAGAAAAUGAAAGCAAUCAAUAUGUAUGCAUAUCCAAAUAAUACUUCAAAGUAGUCGUAUCAUUUGGAGAUGGAGCAAGUAGCACUGGAUCAAACAUUUCAAAGUCACCAUAACAUUUAGACUUUUAAGUCAUAUCAACAGAAUGAGUUCUAUUUUUUUAAAUAAAUGACAGUCAAUGUUGAAAUAGGAGAUCUUAAAACUUUAAAUAAUGUUGAGUAUAAAGAAAUAUAUAAGUUUCACCGCGAUAGAUUCUUAUGAUACUUAGAUGCCAUCGGCCACUCAUUAAUUACAUUGUGACAAUUGCUUUAGAUAAAGUCCUGUGCCAUAGACCUUUGUACGUCAAAUGGAGACCUUUUGGAAAUAUGUCUUAGGCAUUAUGUUGGUUAUAUUGCUUAUAGAUCUGAAGAAGCAAAAUGUUAAUAUGUUUAUAAAGCAUCAAGAAGGACCAUAGUAGAUCAAUAAAGCUUGGAUAUACCAGUCACCGACAUUGUAUUUCAAAUUGAAUGUUUGUUUAAAACCAAUAAAGAAUUAGUGAGAAAUAUCUCGUCACUUUUUAAAUAAUAACAUAAUUACUGCUCAUUGUUUAUCUCAUCAUGUUGUGUUUUUUUUUUAGCUUAAAAACAGGUUAUAUCUUUUCAAAGGGUUUAUCUUCAAAGAUAGGUAGUGCCUUUGGGAAACAAAGCAGUAUUUUUACAUUUUUGCCAUUUGCAAAAUAAGAGGGGUAUGCCAUGCCGAGAAUAAGCCAGCGUACCCCUUGAGAACUGUGGAUUUUCUCUCCUUAGUUACCCAUCUGAAUCUAUACUGAAAAAAAAUAUGUUCUGUAUCAUGUUGCCUAGACUCUUCUUGGAUAAAGUAUCAACAUUGAAAACUUAAAAGAAAUAAAAUUAACUUGUGCGUUUGUUUGGCCAUGAUGAUUCAUAGCAAAUCACAACAAAAACGCUUUGUCGGAGGCUUAUACUAAAGUGAUAUAGAUCAAUACAAAUUGGAUUUUUUUCUACAUUUAAACUAGCCCUGCACAUAAAUCUAUAGUGUACGUAUGACUAAAUAUAAUGUUGAUGAAAACACUCCAAUGAUAUUUAUACUUUUUCACAAAGUUGUCUGUGUAUCUGUUUAGGCCAGGUAAAGAGAAAAAUCAAACGCUUACUGGCUCAGCAUACAGAUUUUUAAAACAUUUUAUCUUCAAAAGAGUGAUGUGCUCCUUGUAAUAUGUUACCUGUAGCCACCAAAGGACAUGUAUCUUAUAGGAUAGUGAUACUCACAAAAUCUGGACAAAUAUACUAAUAUACACUAACGUGUAGAGAUUAUGACAUGCAAAAGAAAAAGAAACUAAUGGGAAAAAAUACCAUAAAUACUAAACUAUUUUGAAAUGUAUUUUUAUUAAAUUUGCAGUGUCUUGCCUUUUAUUGCUGCUGAUAACUUUACAGAAGUGCUUAACUUCUAGGUAUAAUGAAUACACCUUUGAACAUCACCUUCCAGGAGAUUAGUGAAGAGAGAAAACUGUAUGUAGCUGAUUCUCUAAACAAUUUAAACAAACUUAAACUGUGUACCAAUGACACUCAAGAUGUAUUAGGUAAGUGCACUACAUAAUGGGGACAAAGUCAGGAAAAUUGCACGUUGCUAGCAUAACAGAACUUACUAAUAAACUACUUUGCUCCACAGUCCUACCUGGUGGUAUUGCUAAGGGUGGGGAGCCUCACAUGUGCUAUUGCCUAGCCCCAUGUACCUUCUUAGACAUUCUCCAACUGGCCUGGGUUGCUCUUGCCUGGAGAGACUCCACAGUGAAGCGUAGCUGGUGGUUUAAAUUCUCAUCUGACUAGUUUAAGCAGUAAGAAGGUGAUUAACUGCCACAGUCUUUGUGAGCACAAAUUACUGCUCCAUGUAGAAUGAGUCUCUAUUAUUAAAGUUGUAUUCUAGGUGUGAUAGGAAGUGGUUUUCAUUUAACCAAUAGCACAAGGUAGGUUGAGGAAAUUGGGGUGGAAGAUAAUGACAUAGUGAAUGGGAGAAUGUAUGGGUCUAAGAAGGUGGGUAAGAUGGCAUGGAAUGUGGAGGUAAGAUACGUUGUGUUGGGAAGGGAUAUGAGAUGGCAUGACAUAGGCGAUGGAUAAUAUAGCAUGCAGUGAAUGUAAAUUAAUACAUUUGUGCAUGGUGGAAAAAUAUGGUUUGGCCAAACGAUUUUUUUCAGAAAAUUAAAUUUGAUCUGCGACACUUGUUCAUAUGAUCACAGAAACCUGUAUAAAAGUUUAGAAAACCAAAAAUAAAAUAAAAGGAAAACAAUAUGUAAUAAUAAACAAGUAAAAAUAAUGCAUUUUAGAAAAAUUGUCAGUUUCAAAGGAUCCUCAAAUAAUACCAGGUAAUACAUUGGAAAGUUUAAUAAAUAAGGGCCUUUUCUUAGGAGUUUUGAGACUGAACAUAGGACUCAUACUAUUUAGAAGAAACAGGGAAGCCCUAUGCUCCUUAGAUUGGGUGGUCUCAAUCCAGUCCAAUUUGUGAGCUGGUUUGGAUCGGCAUAAUGAUAAGGUAGAUUUAGCUGGGGACAUCUAGACAUGCAGGAUAAUCUUUCUGACAGUAGCUAGAACCAUAUAUUAUAUUUACUUAUUAAAUAUAUAUAUAUUAUUUUAUUGCACCUUUUUUUCACUCUGUUUGUCACUUGAUCUGUGAAUAAAAUCAACAUUUAGUGGCUGUCCCCAACCUAUCUUUUUUGGGGGUGAGGUGGGUGUCGUGGGCAGAACUCUGAAUCCCGAAGCAAAGGAACCCACUUGUCCAUUGUGCUAGUCAGUUUCUCGGUUAUACCUCUAUAUUGCAUUUUGCAGAUAUAUAAAAAUUCAGCCAAACCACCGAUUGGACUAAAUUCAGACUAACUGCAAUAAAGCCGAAACCGAACGCAUACGUUGCAAACUUAUCCAAUAUGUUAUGUCAUCCCAUAUUCCUUAUUGAAGGCACACAUGCCAUGUUACUACUUAUACCAUCUCAUAUUCCCAUACUCAAUUCCAUGUAAGUGUGUGUGAAUAAAUCGUGUAUUUGUGUAUUUGUGUGUAUGGUUGUGUGCUUAAGGAUAAAGGGAUGUUUUUGUGUGGAGUGUGUAAGUUUGUGUUUUGGAAUGCUGGAGAGUAUUUCCAUGUGUGUGAAUGCAGGGGUUCAUAUCUACAGCCAGUGCGUGUGUGUGUGUGUACACACAUCAUAUCUGUGUGGUGUGAAUUGAGAAAACUUGACAGUACAAGCUGAGCCUUUUGUCUAUCUUCUGUCAGACAUGGCUUUGUCACGGCUUUGACAUCGUUCACUUGCAAUGGAAUUGCAAGGAAACUUCAACUCAGUCAACAUUACUAUUUCAUAAAGAUUUUAUCCUUAAGUGACAGAACUGUUUUAUAUAUAUUUCUUUGUUACUAAGAAAAAAGAAAAAUGCACACGUAGUCAUAUCUUCACAAUUAAUCUAAAGAUUAAUUCUCACACAUAGUCAGGGCUGGAAACUUUUGUCCUGGAGGCAAAUACAAAUUAAUUAAGUUUUCACAGGUCUCAGUGUUGAUGGCCCUAUUCAUGUAAAUUUAGCAAAAUUUUUUGACAGAUAAAGACUUCUGGAGUUGCAAGCUGUUACAUCAUAAAUAUCCGUGCAACUUCCACCAUUAUGACCGGCACACUAUGAUGGGACAUGCACAGAUCUAUCCAUGCCGAAGAAAUGCACCCACUGUAUCUAUCCAUGCCUAAGAAAUGCACCCACUGUUUCCCACGGACUCCAUUGCCCCCAAUAACAAGUGGCAUGUCUUAUGUAUGUCACGAUCAGCGUUUCAUCUCAAUCUGUGGUCACAAACAACUUUAGGUAUAUAAUACACACUUAUCGGAGUCUAGCAGACUCAGAUACUUUAGUCCACCCGGAAAUAUUCCAAUAGUCCAAUCCAGGCCCAUAAAGCACUGAGUGCACAGGCCACUAGCCAAUGUACAAAUUCACACAGUGCCGGGCUAGGAAACACUCUACUCAAUUCCUACCUGUGUUCUCACUCCUGCACUACUGUACAGACAGACACAUACACAUCUACCACUCUUAAUUUUGAGAACAAUGGUUUGACAAAAACCUCCAUGCCAGUACUCCCAUUCGAGUUGCCAUGGGGCAAUUGCACACAUGGAUGCACAUAUUAUUAUUUUUUACAGAGUUUUACAGAUUAUGUAUGUACACAUGACACACAUACAAACACAUUCCCAUUCAUUAUUCACAUACACACAUACAUACUCAUUCACAGACACUACAUAAACACUUACAAGGAUAGAGUUUAAGUGACACUGUGUAGAAGGUGUACAUUGUGGUGCGUGCGUAGACCAGUCUGGGCGGGCAGCACAAAAUGUAUAUAUGUAACUGUAUGCAUUUGGUCACACAGUCUAUCUUAGAACUAAGUUAAUCGUUUCCUAUAAGAGAAAACUGUUUAUCAUGGCAGCUAGUCUAUUCUGAAAGCAAAGGCAAUCAAUAAAAUUGAGCAAGGGAUUUAGUUAAGUAAAAGGUAAUUCCUUAAAAAUUAGCACUAGAACUUUUUUACUAACCUCAUGAAUACUGUGUUCCUUUAAAAGUAAUGGUGCCAUUCGUCCGUUUUUAGUAGAAUCGUCUGAAGAAGGAAAUUUCUCCGUUGUGCUUAGUCAGGAUUCCGGAAAGAGUAGACGAAUACAUCCUCUUCUAACAGUGCUUAUCAUGACAUUGGUACUCACAAUCAUACUAUCAUCAUGUGUACUGUAUUUGUUAGGUAAGUUUAAUGCUCAGUAUUUUUUUUCCUUAAAAUGGAUUUGUCACUGGUUAGGGUCCAGAGGCCCUUUUAUUCACGUUGCCAUUAGUAAUUUAUGGACAUUACAUUAAAGGUCUGCAUGUUCCAAAAAAAGUGUUAAUAGUUAUACUAGAAAAGGUGACUAAUAAUGGGGGGGUGCAAAAAUACACAACAAUUUAUAAAAUGUAUACUUAUAAGUGUGGAGCCGCAAGGAAAUGAAAAGGUUCGUUACUGUCAAGGCCAUGACAAUAUCUUUAAGGUACUUGUAUGGGAGUGGUGCAGCUGUUUAGCAAGCACAAUCAUGACACCACUCCGACUAUUGUAGCUGCUAACCUCACACAGACUGAGCGACCUGAAAGAGCUUUUUAUUUUGUCAUACCUUUGCCUGUUAUGUUACAGCCGGAUGGAUCAAAGGACAAGAAACUAUGGCAUUACAAAAGGAUCCGAGCAGUCUGUGACAUCUAUUAUUUACUUGUUUCUUUCCCUUUCUUGACUAGUAAAUGUGUCAUAAUUACCUCCUUAUUGAAUAUACCAAAUAACACCUGUGUUUGCCAUUUUAUGCAUUAAACUGUGACAUCAAUUAAUCUAUAGGGCCCUUGAGUAGAACCCUUCUAUUGUGUGAUACAGCCCUAUUCGAUCAAGUUUAGUAUAAACAAUAUAACAGGGGUAGGCAACAUUCGGCACUACUGAUGGUAUGGACUACAUCUCCCAUAAUGCACUUACAGCCAUAACGCUGGCAAAGCAUUAGGGGAGAUGUAGUCCACAACAUCGGCAGUGCAGAAGUGCCUAUUCCUGGAUUAUCAAUAUAAUUCAAAUGAUCAAAUUUCAGGAUAAAAAGUUCUAUAAGUAUGGGUUUCAUACUUACACAGGGGUGUAACUUGGAAUCACAGGGCCCUGGUGCAAAAAUCAAAGAGGGUCCAGACCCCCCUUAUGCUCUCUACACAUACACUGACAUACUCUCACUGACACACACUCUCACUGACACACACACACACACACACACACACACACACACUGACACACACUCUCACUGAUAUACACACACACUGACACACACUGACAUACACACUCAGUGAAACACACUCUCACUGACUCACACACACACACACACACACACUGACUCACACACAGACACACACACAUUGACACACACACUCACUGACACACACACACACACACACACACUCACUGAUACACUCUCACUGACACACCCACACACACACUGACAAACACACUCACUGACACACACACACACACACACUCUCACUGACACACACACACAUACACACACUCACUGAAACACACUUUCACUGACACACACACUCACUGAAACACUAGCAUUUAGGAUACAAGAUUGUUUAGGCAGGGGCCCCUUCACCAUAUAUCAUACAUGUUUUGUUUGGAUUAAAUGUUUGUCUUGAUUACUAUUGUAAAGUGUUGAGGAAUAUCUUGGCACUAUAUAAAUAAUUGUAAUUGCAAAUAUUGAACACAGCUAUUGACGUGCAACAAGUCUGGAUAUAUAUCAGUCCAAACCUUUACAAACUAAAAUUGUAUGGGGACACUUUACUGAAUAACCAUCUACCAUAGAGAGCAUGUGGCUUAUUAGCUAUACACAUAUAUGUUUUAUGAACCUACACUGAAAUACAAAUCUGCCCUUUUAAAUUGCAACAUCCCAUAACAUAUUUUGUCAGAAACCAGAAAAAAUACAACCUUUUUAUUUAACACAAGGAGCAUACAAGAAUAUUCAAAUAAUUUCACACUAAACAUUUUAACACUUUGGGUUGGUUAUAGUGUGCAGAUAACUUUUUUGAGGGGUUCAUUUCGCAUUGUUCAUGAAUUUGGGCUGAUGUAUAGUAUAGCCAUUGUUUCUGCACCACGAGUAAUAAGAGAUUGAACGCAGGGAUAAUGUGUGGAUUUUAUGUGAAUAUUGCAAAAAUGUCAAUUCUGAGCUGAAGCACUGAGUUACUUGUACACAAGGCAGUGUGUAGGCAUGCAUCUUCCAAAUAUAGCCGCUGAAUGACAGAGAUGCUGUGGAUUUGCUGAACUUCUUUUCUGUACUGGGCAUAAAGCCAGCUUUGUGUAAUACUGCAGAUAUGGCUUAUUACAAGCCGCUAUAAAAAUAAAUCGCAGUAGUAACUGAACCCCCUCCACUAUGCGUACACAAUAACACACAGCUAAAUGGCUGUUAAACUGAUGGCAGGAAGUCAUUCGCUGGCCGAGCUAAAUUAAACUAGGCUUGGUUUAAAUAAUAGCUUGAAUUACCAGCAUGUCUUAUCAGCGGAGCACAGCAGGUAACUAUUACCAGAAAAAUCCUACAUUUCACUUUGCGAAGAUAAAUAGUCAUUAAAUAUCGUAAAUAUACCCAAAAGUAAUAGCGAACCACUGAGCACACAGCCUUUUCACUUCGUUACAGUGUUGAAUCUUUUUUGAAUGUUUUUAUUAAUCUGUUUGCAGAUUUUCAGAAUGAGUGUUUAAUAUUGAUUUAAAAUUACAGAUGAGGCGAGAUAAUUGUUUGUGAGAAGUAGAUGUUUAACAGAAUCUGCGUGAAUGGUUUGGAUAGCAGGUAUAGACUUCCAUCUGGAAAUAAAUGUGUUUAAAAAGAAUUAUUAAAGAAGACUUACACUUGGAAGGAUAUUAUUAUUAUUAUUAUUUAUAAAGCACCAACAAGUUCCGUAGUGCUGUACAAUGGGUGGACUAACGGCAAUGUAUAUGUAACCAGACAAGUUGGACACACAGGAACAGAGGGAUUGAGGGCCAUUCUCAAUGAGCUUACAUGCUGGAGGGAGUGGGGUAAUGUGAUAUAAAAGGUAAGGGUAGGGUAGAAACGUAGGUUGCUAGGAUAGUGUUCAUUGAGGGCUUGGUGUUUUGUUUUGAUGACAGUUUCAGGAGCGGAAUCAGGGUAUGGGGAGGGAAAGCUGUUCACAGUUUAAUUGAUAUGCUUUCAUAAAAAAGUAAGUUUUUAAAGAUUUUUUGAAGAAGUGGAGAUUGGGUGAAAGUCUAACAGAGAGGGGAAGGGCAUUCCAUAGGAACGGUGCAGCCUUAGAUAAGUCUUUAAUGUGAGCAUCAGAGGUAGGAGUACGAACAGGAGGUUAGACGUAGGUCUUCGGCAGAGCGUAGGGACCUAGAUGGGACAUAUUUGUGUAUUAGUGAGGAUAAUUAGGUCGGAGCAGCAUUGUGUAGAGAUUUGUUCAGAUAUGAACUAACAAUUUUAGGAGUUACACUAAAGGCAUCAAAACAAGUUUAGCUUAAAGGGACACUAUAGUCACCAGAACAAGCUUAACAGAACAAGGCCUUUUAAUGUAAACACUGUCUUUUCAGAGAAAAGGCAGUGUUUACAUUACUGUCUAGGGACACCUCUGUUGGCAGCAUUAGAGGUGCUUCCUAGGUCAGUCCUGAACAUUCUGCAGCACUGAAGUUCAGACUCCAGUAGGGUGUAAAAGGCUAUUAAAAGAGCAGAGAUAAGAAAUAAUAAAUUUAAAAAAUCAUGCAAUAAAGGAAGUUUAAACAUUAGAUUUCUCUUUACAGGAAGUGUUUAGGAAGGCUAUGUAAGUCACAUGCAAGGAGGUGUGACUAGGGCUGAAUAAACAAAUUGAUUUAACUCCUAAAUUGCAAAUAAUUGAGCAGUAAGACUGCAGGGGCAUGAUCUAUACACCAAAACAAUUUCACUAAGCUAAAAUUAUUGUGGUGCCUUUAAUAAGGUUGAACAAAAACUCACAAAGCUUACUCUUGUUGAACAUAUUCAACACAUGUGCUAGAGAAGACCAGAAAACCAGCUCCUCUGUGAUUUAUAUGGCGCCCUGGCACAAUUGUUCAAUUAUUUUGCAUUCUUCUCCUCAUGCAUGAGUUCGAGUGAGAAGGAAAGUAACAGUAAAUGUCCCCCUUUGUUUAUAUAGAAUCUUGAGGACACAAUUCAUUAUUAUGCUGGUUAUUUAUUAUAUUUUAUUAAUUGCUUUUAAAGUAAAUGUUAAGUCCCUAAUUUUACUAGUAAUUUAAAGGAAUUAGGUCAAUUGUCCAGAUGAGUUGUGUAACUGUCAGUGAUUACACUUAUAUUAAUCGAAACCUGCUCACAUAUUGUUCUGACACAUAAUUCAAGCAAGGACUUUGCCCACAGAUUUAUUCUCAUACACAUUAAUUCAGCUAAUCGAGCUAACACUCUUACUUAGAGACGUAGAUAGUAUAUAAGAUUAACUCGAUUAGCCAGUGAGGGCACCCUCUCUUGCUCUGCUCAAUCCACCCAAUACAAAUCCCAUCUUGCUACCUUUCAAAGUUAGGGUUGCUUCAGUUACCACCCAGCAAUCCCUUCACUAAGCUCUGUUUAGAGAAAAAAGGCAAAGCUUAAUGUUUUGUGAGUCUAACUGGGAAGCAUGCAAACACAAAGAGAGAAUUAGACAAAAAAAAAAAAACAUGCUUACAUGCAUGUACAGUAUGAAAUUAAAACCCGAUUUCAGAACAGUAAAAAAUCUUUAAAAGAGGCCUAAUUUGAAAAGUUUUAGCAGUGUCUUUACAGUAACACAGUAACCAUCAGGUGACUCCACCAAGUGACUCCAGUGUAAACCCACUGAUAAUUCUCCCUAAUAGUUACGUAUAAAACAUUUUAUGAAAAAUAAAUGUCAUCCACGUAAACUGUAUUACACUCUUCGAAGGAAGAUUCAACUUGUAACCAACCACACAUCAACAUAAAAAGACAGUAUCACAAUAACAUUUUAAACAACAACCACAUUUUCAUUUAGACCCCUGUCUCUUGAUUGGCCUCCCUUAGUUUCAUCCAAAACAUGUCAACAAGUUCCCUUUAAUGACGACCUUCCUCUAUCUGUGUGAAUAUCUUGUCCAGUCCCUUUUCAUGCCUUUAGUCCUUCUUGAGGCUCCUUCAAGUGUCCUAUUUGGCCUCUGUUGUCCCUCUUGUGAAUCCCUUUGCCCUAUUUGGCCAAUACUUGUCCUUUUUGUGUUAUUUAUGACCCCCUUUUCCUAUGUGUCAUUUCCUUCCAUCACAUGGACAGGUUUUUACCCUGUAUUCUUCUGCUUAUUCACUUGUUUUCUUAGUGCUAUUUGAGGAAUCUACACCUAAAUUAAUCGAUUGCUUCAUUGCAAUAGAUAGAUAGAUAGAUAAAGUAUUUUUGUAUAUAAGAUAAGAAUAAUAUAAGUAUGUAAUUUUAGUACUAUUUUUUUUUUUUUGCAGUGCACAUGAAUUUUACAGCCACAGAAAUGUCUCGAAAGCUGGAAAGAUGUGACAAACUCAUGGAAGAACUUGAAAAACUCAGCAAUUUAGUUUUAUUUUUGAACCACUCACGCGUGAAGGAGCCUUAAACAUUAGUGAAAACAAAAAAAAAAGAAAACCCACCCGGUCUUAGGGUCAGGGUAGAAAGUGAGAAGAGGGGAAAAAAUUAAAUCUUGGAAACAAUUAAAUCUUUAUUAACAGUCACAUGUUAAAAAUACGCAUCAACAUUUGAUUUUAAAUAGCAAAAACAAAAAAACUAAGCAAACCAUUUUAUGGGUCAAGCCCAGUGGUUUCCAAACCAGUCACCAAGGCAUCCCUACCAGUCCAGAAUUGAAAGAUUACCCAGUUGUGUUUUUUGUUUUACUAAAAACACGUUAAACACGUCUGGGCAGUUCCUAAAUCCUGGACUGGUAAGGGUGUCUUGAGGACGGGUUUUUGAACCACUGAGUUUUUAAAUCUGUAUUGUUGUUGUUUGUCUUUUUUAACCCCUUAAAGGACCACUAUAGGCACCCAGACCUCUUCAGAUUAAUGAAGUGGUCUGGGUGCCUGGUCCAGCUAGGUUUAACCCUUUUUUCUAUAAACAUAGCAGUUUACAAAUGGGUUAAUCCAGCCUCUUGUGGCUGUCUCAUUGACAGCCGCUAGAGGGCUUCCGCGCUUCUCACUGUGAUUUUCAGCGUCCAUAGGAAAGCAUUGUAAAUGCUUUCGUAUGAGACUGGCUGAAUGCGCGCGCAGCUCUUGCCGUGCAUGCGCAUUCAGCCGAGGAGGAGGAGAGGAUGCGGAGAGGAGGAGGAGAGCUCCCCGCCCGGCACUGGAGAAAGAGGUAAGUUUAACCCCUUCCACCCCCAGGAGACCUGAGGGUGUGGGAACGAGUAUGUUUUCCUGGCACUAUAGUGGUCCUUUAAGGACCAAACUUCUGGAAUAAAAGGGAAUCAUGACAUGUCACACAUGUCAUGUGUCCUUAAGAGGUUAAAUGACUGUUAUUAAAGAUUUCAUUAUUUUCAGGAAAUUUCCCCCAAUCUGCUCUAUACUCUGACCAUAAACCAUUUUUUAGUGUCUUUCUCUCUUCAUAUUUAUCCCCUACUUAGAGGAAUGACAACAACCCCACCUUGAUAACGCCCUCUCAUUUAGAUGAGGGUGGGUGUUUUUUUUUUUAUCCUUUCGUAUAAUGCCCUUACGUUACUAUUUCAUUUUGAUCUUACACACUCGUAAACUUUCAGUAAUUUUGCAAGCAGAUAAUUAUUCUAGAAAAAUAAACUAUAGUCUUUUUUAGACAAAAUGGAAAAA